ACACCGUCACAGGACAGAGUAACAGGACAAAUCGGUUCUCCCUAUAGACCGCACUAACCAACCAGCGAACCAAAACAGUUUCUUAUACCGGUCCAACCAGACUUCACGAGAAGUCACCCACACGAAGUCUGAUUAUAGUAGCCCACCCAACCAGAGAGCUGAUCAAACUUGGCAACCUGCUGUUUUUUUGUUUGUUGUUACAGGCAGCAGGAGAGACAGUGCUCCUUGCUAGGCGACGGGUCUAAUCAUUAACCUCGGUUAGUUUCCCCCUCAUCGGAGGAGCCUCUUGGAUGGAUAUAUCAUGGCUACGUUUGUCUGCAGGGUUCAGUUCUUAGACGAUACCGAUCCAUUCAACAGCACCAAUUUCCCGGAGCCGACCCGACCACCGCACUACACGUUCCGAGAAGAUAUCCCUCUUAUCAAUCAGAUAGCAGGAGUCCACCGGCUACUUAGAGCCCCGCAUAAGCUUGAUGACUGUGCGUUGCAGCUGUCCCAUAAUGGAACCUACUUGGACCUGGAGUCUUCUCUGUCUGAACAGAGGGACGAGCUGGAGGGAUUCCAGGAGGACAUAGCAGGGACCAGAGGGAAGAAGCAUAGUGUUGUCUUACGUACCCAGCUGACUGUUCGAGUACAUGCUUGUAUCGGUAAGUACAUGUUUACAUACGUGUUUAAUCACCACUGGGACACGCCAGACAGGAAACAUGUUCCCAGGAACCUACAGUAUAUGUUCACAUACGUGUUUAAUCACGUCACCACCAGGAGACAGGAAACAUGUUCCCCAAGGAACCUACAGUUCUGACCCUUUUUACAUGCCUGUUCAGGUUAUCAUGUGUUUUCCAUGCCUGUUCAGGUUAUCAUGUGUUUUCCAUGCCUGUUCAGGUUAUCAUGUGUUUUCCAUGCCUGUUCAGGUUAUCAUGUGCGUGUUUAUAGUUACAUCUGUGUUUGGCGGGAUUCUGAGACCUCCCAGUUUGUAACAUCUUCAGAGAGAAGUAGAGCCACUGGUUUUACUAAGUUCUGUCAGAACAGUCUCAGUGUUACUUUAACCUGUAUGAUGCGAUGGACAGAUGUGUAGUUAUGGGUUAUUGUUUGUUUAUGUCUAUGGUUGUAUGUCAUGUGUUUGUAUGAGUGUGUUGUGUGUGUGAGUGGAUAGUUCAGUAGAGGGUUUUUGGGAGAGUGAGAGAGUGAGAGAGUGUGAGAGGGAGUGUGAGAGGGAGAGUGAGAGAAGAGA